CUGCUAUUCACCAGGGCCCCGGAUGGUGGGGAUGGACUUGGUGCAGACUGGAACCAGGUCGCGACCCCUGAGAGCAUCCAGCUGUGGUAGAGAGCACCGGCAGGGGUCUGCCGGAAUGGAGUCUGAUGGGAAGAGGCAGGCAGACUUGCUACUAGUGAUCCGUGCUGGAUGGAUGGAUCGGAGGGUGAGUAAGCGUAGUCAGGGCAGCACGGUUCAGCAGUUUGCGGGCAGCGCGGUACCAGGGAUCAGGCAGAAGAAUCGUCAGGCAAGCCAGGGGUCAAUCAGUAGAAUCCGGUCAGGUACAAGCAGAGAUUGGCAA